AUGUCUCCCUCCAUUCUCGUCGCUGGCGCUACCGGCAACACCGGCCGGAGUGCCACCGAGACCCUCUCCAAGCUUAUCCAGGCCCCGGACUCCCCACUCCGCAACCACCGAAUCCUGGCCCUCACACGGUCAGCAGAUAGCCCAGCUGCUAAGCACCUCGUCACUCUCCCGGGAGUCGAAGUCAUCCAGCAAAACUGGGUAGAAAUCACCUCCGAGUGGCUCCAAACCCACCAUGUAGUUAGGGCAUUUAUCGCACCACAUGUCAAACCGAGCCAAUUCGCCGAGGAGACCACCUUCCAUCUUGCGCUCUUGCACGCGGGGGUCAAAUACGUCGUGCGAAUCUCAACAGCCGCCGCAUCCGUCCGCCCCGAUGCGACCGCUUACUACGCGCGCGGACACUGGGCAAUCGAAGCCCUCCUUUCUGUGCCGGAGUUCAAGGCCUUGCACUGGACUUCCCUGCAACCGAAUGCCUUCGGCUCAUUUUGGUUCUAUACCGCUGCCGAGUUCAUCAAGGAAUAUCGCAAGACCGGCCGCGCUGAUACGGUGCUCAAGUUGAUGGCGCCAAAAGACACUGCGGUCGGCGUAAUCGACCCCGACGAUAUCGGUGUCGUUGCAGCGCACCUCCUCGUGCAAGAGGAUACCGCCAGACAUACCGGGAAGAGAUACGUCCUGAACGGGCCAGAGGAUAUCUCCGGUGAACAAAUUGUGCAGAUGGUUGAGCGUAUUAUCGGCGUGCCCGUUCAAAAUGUUCAGUAUAAGGAUAUGUCGGGGCUUGAUGCGUUCCUGGAGAUGGAGUACAUGGGGAAUGGCCAGAAUAGAAACUCGCGGAAUGUUAUCUGGUCCAUUCGGCGUGCAGCGGAGACGGCGUGGGGUGGGCAGGUUACGGCUCCGCCGACCAGUAAGGAGGUUCUGGAGCUUGCUGCGCCCAGGCGGACGCCGCAACAGAUGUUGGAGAGCUUGUUGGGGUGA